ACAAACUUGAUUCACAAUGGCUCGAUUCUUUCUACCGCGGACAUGGCGCCUACAGCAGGUUGUCUUCUUUCUGAUGAUUUUUGAACUACCCUUCACAGUUGCAAAUCUUGCGCUGUUUGGUAUCGCAUCGCCAAACCUCUACCGGACGAUUCUGUGGAGACUAGGCGGAGAAAUGGGCUACAACUCGUCACCACAAUUUGUACUGUACAAAUACGCAAAUUACCAGCCAGUCACUCUACCAGUGGUAUGGAGCAGCUUCAACACUCAAUUCCACCUCGUGAUUGGCGUUGUAUGCACAUUCUUCUGGCUCAUCAAAUUCACCAUGUGGCUGCUUAAAGUCUUCCUGCCAAUCUUCUCGCUACUGCUACAUAUCCCUCUCCUCAUUCUCUGGUGCUAUGGUAUCUACAUGCAGACGGCGCCCGACACCAUUGACCCAGACCACCAAAAUAAGGGCGUGCCAUGGUACAUCUCCAAGAACUGCAACAUUGUCGAAGACAAGCUCAACCGCGGCUACUGCAUGCAAGCAAAGAGCGCCUUUGCCGUCACUGUCAUUAUGAUCAUAAUCUACGCCGCAUUCCUUGUCUUAACAGUCUACUCUCUCAUCCCCACCCCCGAGGCCAAACAAGCCCACGCCAUCAAACGAGCCGAGAAGAAAGCCGAGAGAGAGAAGUGGGCAUCGUCACCCACUGACAACGAAAUGACCGCAGAAGAGCAAUGGCAGCACAUGUGGGAACUCCAACAACUUCCCCGCACACCAGGACUCAAGUCGCCCAUGACGCCACGCACACGGACAUUCAACGACCUCGAGGGCGGGCACUAUAGCAACAUGCAGCCAGAGUACGGCGGGUAUUACGGCGGCGCGGGCGGCGUGACGGUGCAGGAGAUGCAUCAUGCGGGCGUCAGCCCCGUGCAGGAGCAGGACGAGUACAUGUAUCCGCAGGACGGCAAGGGGAAACAACAUGCGGGAUCCGCAUACUAAAUCAAUUCUUCUCUUGGUUUGAUUCUGGGUCUGGGCGUUUGAGCGAGUGAUAUUUUUGAGAUACCAAGGGCUUUACAAACGCUCAUUAUUAAGGGGGGCACGGGCAUGGAUAUCGGAAUGGGAAAGACAAUGGAAAGGCGGUUUCUAUAUGUUUGAGUAGCGAAUGGAGAGAUCUCAUAACCA